CUCGUCUCCAGUCUCACUUCUUUCUUUCGUUUUUCAUUCCUCCCAAUCGCUAUUAUAUCUGUCCUAUUCUCCGAGCUUCUCGUUAUUUAAUAUAUGAUCCAGAUAAAUAUUGGGACGUCACCGAUGUAGACGGCGAGCAUCGAUCCUCUCUUCCCGCGCCUAACGCUUCCCUCCGCUGCUUGCAAUGCGAAUCGGCAGGGGAUGUGAGCGUUGUCGCCUUCGCCAUAUCAAAUGCACCAUUGCCAAAGGAGCUCCAGCUUGCAAUGAAUGCACCCGCUUAUCGCGAGCGUGUCGCCUCGAUCCUCCGUUCCGUUUCAAAACAGUCCGCCAUGUGUACCAGAAGAGUCAGGGGACCGCAUCCAAGUUCGAGCUGGCUUGGGACGACCGACAACCAUGGGUGAAUGUCCCGAAAUCUUUGAUGUUUGUUGAAGAGUCCGCCGAUGAGCCCGACUCGGAUGCUCUACCUGAAGCCCCGAUCGAGAACCCUGCCGCUGCGGACAGCUUUCCAAUAACAUCACACAUACUUGUCCCACAUACUCCCAGUCCGCGCGAUUACAUUACGUCUACCAGCAAUUAUGGGCGUAUAUUACCACCGUUACCCGUCUCCAGUCCGGAUGAACGACGAACAAUAUCCUCCAUCGGCAUCUCACCGAAACCUGUCAGCGGCCCCUCACCACUGCCAUCUGUCCGCAGUUGGGCUGAUUUAUCGCCCUCAUUGAGCUCCCUGAGUCCGAAUCUUAACGCUCCUCCUGCGAUGACGUCACGCGAAGCCUUCCUUUUGCGAUCAUUUAUUCAAAAUUAUGCGCCGAGGUACGAUAUUUGCGACUCGAAUUCCCACUUUUCGUCAGAAGUCCCCCGAAGAGCACUGCAAAUUCCAAUGGUGCUAAAAGCUAUCUUGUCGCUCUCGGCUAGGCACGCGGCAAUAAUGUCUGGGUCCGACGAUUGGGAAGCCUCUGAAUACCACAGCCAGUGCGUUGAAUUACUUCUAAAAGCACUUGCCAAGCAUGAGGGAGCAUACGACGAUAAUCUGCUAAUCACCGUGGUCCUUCUACGCGUCUAUGAAGAGCUCGAGCCAAACUCAGAUGAAAAGUGCCACUGGUUGGGAUCUACCAGGCUUCUGAAUACCAUGGCCAGGUCAGCGUCGUCUGGGGGACUCGCUGAGGCUGUUAGUUGGCAGUUUCUGCGCCAGGCCAUCUACGCCUGUCUCGUCGAGUAUCAGCCCAUGCACCUGAAUUUAGAGAACUACGAGCAUUCGUCUGUCUUUCAGCGAAGGGACGACGCGGCCUACGCCAACCAGAUAAUCUUCCUUUGUGCCAGGAUUAUCCAGCUCCGCUCGGGCCCAAAUGCACACAGCUUUGAGGCAGGCGACUGGCAAUUCCUCUCCGAUAGCGUGGAAAGCUGGUAUCGAGAACGCCCCAUCAGCUGGCAGCCGUUGAAGUAUAAGGAGGCGAACCCUGCGGAUAAUAAACCAUUUCCAGAGCUCUGGAUCGUUUCUCCACCGGCGGUUGUUGGCCUGCAAUACUACCACACCUCCCGGAUUAUUCUUGAGACUUCCAAUCGGCAUGAAGGUGUGAUUAGCGACUUUGAACUAGCAAAGCGGAAACGUAUCGAAGAGCAAAUCAUCGCAUCACACAUCAUCAACGUCAUCGGACUCUCGAAGUCAAACGAUACAGUCGACAAUGCUUACUACAUGGCUUGCCAUCUUCUCAAACGAUAUGGAUUUUGCCUUCGCCAUCCCUGUGAACGGCAAGGCUCAUUGGAGUUUUUGACCCUGGUGGAGAAGAGGUUGGGUUGGCCGACUUCGCAGAUCAUUCAAGCGCUGGAGGCUGAAUGGGGCGAACUUCAGGCUCUUGAUGCCUGGAGCCCGCGGUUUUGAAGAUUCUGAAAUGAUGCGUUCAACGAAUUACACUAUAGACAUACCCCGUCUGUUACGUUUUUGCGAUACUGUUCUUGUUCGAAUAUAUAUACUAUCUGAAUACGCUGCGGCAACUCCUAGACUUCGAUAGAGGUCUUGGAAAGAGACCAAUAAAGACACGAACCAAAGCAGCUUCAUCCUUAGUCUUUGCACGAGGCUUGACACAUCUUAUAUGGUAACUUUGAUGUGUGAGGGGAUCUAGGUAGGUGAUACCUCAAGGACACAUCCACCGAAAGCUUACUUGACCGUCCUUAGGCGAUUAGAGCUGGAUAAAUGUGGGGUUGUCCACCCUUGAGUUUCUGCAGACUCUUUUGGACCAGCUCUUUUGUUUUUCGUUGUUGCGGAUGCUCGGGACGGGUGAGACACCUCUACCAGCUGGUCAUUGCUCGGAGCGAUGCGAGCGAAUAUUCAAGGGUAUAGCGAGAUCUGCAAGCCAGUGCUGUCGACUAGCUUUAAUCUUACCGAGAUGUCCCAAUGCCCACGACGUGGCUACCGAACAUCGUUGGAGGGAACUUGAUGGACGGAUCCCCGAUUAGAGAGAGCACUGAUGAACAAUACACAAGCCUGCCUUAUCCCAUUGAGCUCGACGGACUGCAUCUUGCUGCAAUACUCGGGCCAGGAAAGGCUGUACUGACGUUGGUCACCAACGGCUCCAACCCGGAGACUCGGGGAAAGAGCCUCCAGAGAAGACCACUCCGGAAUCUUUGCCAUGCAAGAUCUUGGCACUAUUUUCGAUUUGAAAGGCCCUGUGUGACAAACGCCAUUCAUGUGGACAGCGCAGGCAGGCACCUCAUCGUUGUAGAGCUUCUUCUGAGGCGAAGCACUGAUCAGUAAUCCAGGGACAGGAAUGACCAGCUCCACUUUCAUUAGCUGUGAGACACGGCUAACGGGCUGUGGCGGAAUAUGGCUCUUCUCUUAUGCAGGGACAAACGUUGAAGCUAGGAUCAUGACGGAAGAUCCACACAGUCAUGGGCGGCUGGCAAUUUUUUUUUCUGGGUGUUGCGGUUCUUCUGCUGGUGGAGGUCGAGCCCAUCUUGAAUAACGCUCAGGUCACCCUCGCCUUGAAGCCAAGAGGCUGAAUACACAGCACUCCCGGAAUGGCCGGGAAGCCCUCAAUACCCG